UCUCUACUAUACACCUCUUGGCUCUGCAACCUGCCCAAUUUUUAUUGCUAAAUUGCUGCAUUCUCCUAGAAUGCAUUCGUGCACGCACUGUGGAAAUAUUUGUCCAUCCAUUUACCCCUAUACCGACGCCCAAGACGCAGAAAUCUUCAAUCGUUUAAGACGCAAUACAUUUCCCUCGCCAACCGAUGCUGCUCGUCUGAAAUCCGAGAUCACUUUCCUGGAAGGAGAAAUAAAAGAUUUGAGCUCACUUCUCGAUACACUUGAGCACGAAAAGCAGCAGCGGGAGAGAGCGAAAGAGAUUCGACAAUCCCUGCUCUCACCGAUACGUCGCAUUCCUCUCGAAAUAUGGGCUGAGAUCUUCCUCUAUGCCAUCCCAGAACCGCUUCCUUUUCUUGAUUUUAAAGGAAACCUGAUUUCUGAGGUAGACUCAGACAUCACGACGAUGGAUUCGCCGUGGCUCCUCACACACGUGUCCAGCUACUGGCGGAAACUUGCAAUUUCUAUCCCAGCUUUAUGGGCAACUGUAUCGCUUACACCAGACCUAAUUCCUCCGCAGGAGUCGCUUAUGCGACUUCAGCUUGAUCGUUCGCAGGACUUCCCCUUACACCUUCAACUCCGAAUUGAAGAGUACGAUUCCGAGGACAUUUCACGGCUUCGGACACUCCUCUUUCCACUUUUCCACCGCUGUUCUACACUCGAAUUAGCCACACCCAGUGCGGCGAUCAUUGAGAACUUAUGCUGCCACCCUGCAGGUUUACCAUCGUUACGUACGUUAACGAUUCGCCGUGUAUCUGGGGUUCAGCCUGACAACUCAAAGACGCAUGAUGAAAAUGUCAGCGUGUUCAUGAAAUCCCUCCACCUUCGCGCUGUGAAUGCAGACUUCUCCCUCGUCGAACUCUCCCUUCCUCUAACGACACUCAGGUCGCUCGUCCGAGUCCCACUGGCGACGUUCGAACAAAUACAGGGUAUCGUAAACGCAGCACCGGAGUUGGAACAUCUCGAUUUUUCGUUCGUCGAGAUGGGCUCGGGCCUCAGCAUACCACGGUGUGAAGGUUUGCCGAUGAUUACGCACAACAAGUUGCGCCGGCUGCGUUUGUCAACAACGCCAUCCGAAAUUCUAUCGUGCCUAAAGCUUCCCGCCCUUCGGCAUCUGGCGCUUGAGGAGGGCGGAUUCAUGAACGGUCGGAUGGAGACGUUAUUUGACUUUCUCCGAAGGUCGGGGUGUGUGCUGGACGAUCUCACCAUCAUGCAUACGCAGGAUAUAUUUCCUCUUCUGCGCGCCGUACUCGAAUAUUCGUCGCACUCAUUGACACGGUUGGCAAUCAUUGUGCCGUGGGUCACGGCUCAGGAUAUAUAUCGUCUCCUCACAAUGACCCCUGAAUCGGAACUCGUGCCUAAUCUACAGAAACUGUCCAUACAAGACUGGCCUGACCAUGUCCCCACCGGCAUGACGACUUUUUUUGGACCGGGACCGAACUCUCUUUCGUUUUACGAGAUGGUCUGGUCACGGAGGUCAAGGCUAAAUUUCGUUUCCCUGUUUUCACGGGAAAUACACGUUCUGACUCCUGAUCUGGAGGCACACGUAUCUCGUCUUCAGGACAGUGGCAUCACCGUCGAGCUUUUUGGUUUUAGUUUCUUCACACGUCGUCGUAUCUUUCCAUAAUGAAUCGAUGCGGGUCCCUUGUUAUUUCUUUCCGCCAUAAGUCCUCCUUUAUGUAUCUCAUGUCCAAUAUGGUUGUAUAUUAAUUUCAUAAUUCCCGGGCCUGUGUCAUCUGUC